AAGCCGCGGGGGGGGGGGGGGGGGGCGCCACUACUCCGCUGCCGCUGCCACCGGCGAGACGCAGAGAGUGGCGGCGGAGAUAGUCCGCUGCACCCUCGGCAGCGCCAGGCACCGGAGCUCGCCAGAGGAGGCGAUGCGGAUACUGGAGCAGGGGGCCUCGAACCUGCAGGGCGGCGGCGAGGGCAGCGACGAGGCCGUGGGGCUGCUCAUUCUCGCCAUGUCCACGCUGCUCUACCGGAGCGGAAAACGCCAAGAUGCAAUGGAAAAGCUCAAAGCCACCCAACAGGUUGCUCCUUCUGCAGCUUUCAGAGUUGCAGCGUGGGAAUCACUAAUGGGACUACGCAUGGAAGGACAGAUUAUGUCCCCAAAUGAUUCGGCUGAUCUGUCAAUCAAAGAUGAUGAUAGCAAAUGGCCUGAUCAGGACCAUCUAAAAUUUUGGGUUAAUGCUAUCAAAGGACUUAUUGCACUUCUAAAUGGAGAAACAGAAUCAGCAGCCCAGCUGUUCGUUGAUGGGUGCAGGGACUUUGCUGAAGGCAAAAAUCAAACAGAAAAUGCUGCCCUUUCAUAUGGCGAAUAUUUACAUUGUGUUGGGGAUUUUUCUAUGGCAACACAAGUGUAUGAGAGAGUUCUUGAGGCAGUUCGCAUGGAAGAUAUGUCUGGAAACCUUUUAGCAGCAGGAAACAUGGUUCCUGAGGAGGUUUCGCUUGGGGCCACUUGCUCAUAUGGCCAGCUUUUAUCUCACUCUGGGAAGUGUGGUGAGGCAGAGGAUUAUCUCACAAGAGCACUACAGAAGGCUGAAGAACAAUUUGGUGCAAACCACCCAAAAGUCGGCAUUGUAUUGACCUGUGUAGCUAGAAUGUACAAACUGAAAGCAAAAUCCGAAGGUUCUAGUUCAAUUAUGGUUCAGGAGGGAUUGUACAGGAAGACCCUAGAAGUAUUGAAAGCCCCUGCUAUUAAUUCUGAGGGUACCAGCAAGCAAAUGGAUUGGAGAGAUAUCAUCUCCCUUGCUAGAGGUGAGUAUGCAGAAUUGUUGCGUAUUCAGUCAAAUCGGAAGGCGGAAGGUGAACGGAUGAAGGAGUGGGCAGAAGAUGCUUGGAGGAAUCGUAGAUUAACACUGGCUCAAGCAUUGGACUUUUCAGAACCUUCAAAACCAACUGUCGUUCUUGAUACCCGAAUCAGCAGGGUCGUGGAGCAUCACAAUCUGCUGAAAUGUAGACUAUGUUACUAUGUAGGAUUUCACAAUAAUCAAUGAACGCACCUUUGAUGUAAUAUAUUGAAGUUUUGCUCUC